AUGGACGAGAUUGCGCAUAUUGUGGUGAUUCGAGACACACUCAUGAGACUUGUUGUAAAUUGCAUGGCUACCCCGACUGGUGGGCUACUCUUAAAGAUCGCACACAACGCGAUACAACCAGCAAUGAUAUUAGUUAUGGAUUCCAUACUUCCGAUAAGAUUGAUUCUAGGAGCUGGAUAA